AUUUACUGGCAGGAUGCGAAGAGCGCAAAACAACAAUUGAACAGAAAGUCACUUCUGUAGAGAUUGUACAUUGAGUGCACGGUGAAUUGUGCACUACGCUGUGCUACCAUUCAAAAACGCAUAAGGAGGAGUGUGCGCGACAUUGUUUCCGUUUGUGCGUGUGGGUCAUUGAUCUGGGUGUGUAGGGGCAGCCUGGUCAGCAGGCUAGUCAGUGGCUGAUAUAACAGCGCUCCUCGCCUAUGUUUGAACUUCAUGCCUGAACAUAUUACCGAUGUGUAUGUCAUGUUUUAUAGCGCGGAGCUCUGUCAUGCGAAUCCCCUGGUACGCCCACGCACAGCGCACGCACGCUCGUUCACUCCCAAGACGACACCGAAUCCGUGACUCCCUCCAGUUGAGCUGGUGACGCUGUUCGCUCUCUGGCGGUAGAACGGGGAUGUUUGGCAUUUGUACCGAUUUGUGCUUGCACGGUGCGUCUUCUGUGAGAUGAACGGAUGGAGAGGACCAGUGACCAAACAUGCCUACAGUCCUCCGCGGCACGGGAAAACUUUCCAUCGUGUGUUCACUGAUUCGUUGCGCAUCUCAGGUCACAGGAAGUGAGCGUAACGGCUGUUCCAAAGAUAUUCUAGGGGACAUGACCCAUUCCUGGCCAUCCCAGCAACCCUCAGGAGGGAGUCAGGCCCAGCGCUUCCCCUAUAACCCUAAGGAAGCAAAGCAGCACACAACUCAGCAAACUUGGGAGAAUGUGCAGCAGCUGAGGAUGACCCAGCCUCACGUGGCGCCUCACAAAUCCAUGCUCGCUGAUGACUUGAAGCUCAGCAGUGACGAGGAGGAUGCUGACAAGGACCCUGAGCAGUCAGCCUCCUGGACUGGUAACAAUAGUCUGUCAGAGCAGCACACACACACACAUGGUGGGAGGGUGAGACAUUCAUGCUCAGACUCUUCAGGCUCAGACUCUUCAGGCUCAGACUCCUCCAGUGAGUCGGAGGAGGAGAGCAGUAGCCAGCGCCUUCGUAGCCCCAGCCCAGAAACACACUCCGAUCCUGGGACACCCACCGACGCUCAGUCCCUCGGCUGCACCGAGGAGACAGAUCACCCCCCCACCACUCAGUGGCAGCUGGAUAAGUGGCUGAAGAAAGUCCGAAAAAAAUCCUCCUCCUGGGAUUCCAGCAACCGUGACCACACCCAGAGAGCUACAGAACACAGCUUGCCCUCCCCAAACCCCCACAGAGCCCCGUCUCCAGCCAGAUCCUGGGGGACCAGAGAGGACUACAGCCCCGGCCAGAGUCCUGUUCCCAGCCCACACUUCAACUACAGCCCCAGGCAUAGCCCUCGGCCUAGCCCUCGGCCUAGCCCUCGGCCUAGCCCUGGCUACAGCCCCUGUCCCAGUCCUUGCCACAGCCCAAGACACAGCCCCAUCCUUAGCCCGGUCCCCAGUGUCUGUCUGAGUCCCUGCCUCAGCCCCAGAGCCAACCGUGACCCUAGCCCCAUACCCCGACACCCCCCUAAGAGUCCUAGUCCCAGCCUUACUCAGUCUAGCUCCCGUCACUAUCCUCAGGUUCGGAGUCUUCUUCAGGAAAGCUUCAGGCCUCUCACGCGGCCUAGCUUAACAUCCAGCCCGAGCCAUAGACCCAAAAUCAGGAUCGCACCUGCUCCCAGCUUUGAGUCCAAGAGCAAACUGAGGCACAGUUCCUCUCCCCAGCCUCCACUUCAGCACGGCUCCAGGCCUAAACCCAAACAGAGCCAAUCUGUUCCCACUCCCAAGAUUACAGCCAAGGCAGCCCCUGCGCUGAGCACUGAGCCAAGCCACAGACCCAGACCUAGUCCCAACUCCAGUCCCAGGCUUCAUUCUCAGCCUAGGUUGAAACACAACCCCAUCCUAGCACUCAAAACCAGCCAACAACUAACAACCUCUGGACAAAGGCCCAAGGAGAGUAGCAGACUCAGCCACAAUUCCAACUCCAAACCCAGGCCCAAGUUUGGGCCUAGUUUGACAACCAGCCUCAGUACUAGUCCCAGUCCCACACCCAGGGCCAAGACCUUACCUCCCGCAGACCCUAGCAGAGAGCCCAGCAGCAGAGUUGGUCGCAGUUCCAAAUCGAGUCCCAAGCCACAUUCUCGGCCGAUCUCCAAAUCUGGUUCUGGGCCUAGCUCUAGAUCCAGCCCCAGUCCUAUACCCAAAGUCAAGUCCCGGGAGAACACUGCUCCCCACCCAAAGCCUCCACAGAGGAAGCCCCAAUCCAGGGAGAGAGAACGGGAGGUGGACAACCGGAGAGAGACCCAGGCAGCAGACAGGAAGGCAGACAGGCAGGCAGAGGGAAGGGGGCGGGGUAAUGUAGAGAGACCGGGAGAGAGGCCAGGAGAGAAACAGGGAGAGAGAAGACUGGCAGAGGAUAAGUUGCUAAGACGCCCCUGGGUCCAGAGUUCAGAGGAGGAAGAGGACGUAGAGGAGAGAAAGAGGAGGAGGGAGGAGAGAGAGAAGGAGGAGAAGAGGAGGAGGAGGAAGGAGCAGCAGAGAGGUGAAUGGCAGGCCGUCCAGCCCAAGCAGAGACCUCACACCAACAGCGAGCGACACCGCAAUCCCAUUGAUCCACAACGCCCCGGGACUAAGAAAAAGAGGAGGAGGAAGAGUGAGGAGGAAGAGAGAGAGUCUCAGCCGGACCCUUCCCUUCCGCCGUCGCCCUCCUCCCCCACACCUGUCAUCCCUUCCACAGAUUCCUCUUCUUCAUCAUCUUCCUCAUCAGAGUCCGACUCGGAGCCCAGUCUGCCUCCCAACGUCGCCAAAGUCCCAGCCGACUCCACGUCCAGCCAGCGUCCCAUCCCCAGGAGAGGGCACCAGGGCCCUGGGAGGCCUUCAGACAUCAGGCCAGGAGUGCUCUACCCCACUGCCACAUCCAACCAAGACCACGGGCCGCAGAGCCAGGCAAAGCAGAAACUCUACACCUUGGUCCCGUUUGGGCGUAGUGAGCAAGCCCCAUCCUCACACCGAGGCCUGAGGAAUCUGGUGGUGCAGUUAAACCUCUCCCUGCUCAGCAGAGUGCCUGAUACUACGACAGACACCCCAGCCUCUCACAAACACCCCUCCUCUUCCUCUUCCAAGCAAAAAGAGGCCAUGAGACACCUGUACACCCCAGAGACAGAGGGAGGAGACAGCAGGAGGAAACGGAAGUCAGAGAAUGGAAUCCAGCACCACAGAGAGAGUAAGCGGAGUAACUCCAACACCAAUGGCCCCUCAGCCCACACAGAGUCUACAGCUAACAGAGUGAGUAAGUGGAGUAACUCCCACACCAAUGGCCCCUCAGCCCACACAGAGUCUACAGCUAACAGAGAGAGUAAGAGGAGUAACUCCCAAACCAACGGCCCCUCAGCCCACACAGAGUCUACAGCUAACAGAGUGAGUAAUCGGAGUAACUCCCAAACCAACGGCCCCUCAGCCCACACAGAGUCUACAGCUAACAGAGAGAGUAAGCGGAGUAACUCCCACACCAAUGGCCCCUCAGCCCACACAGAGUCUACAGCUAACAGAGAGAGUAAGAGGAGUAACUCCCAAACCAACGGCCCCUCAGCCCACACAGAGUCUACAGCUAACAGAGUGAGUAAUCGGAGUAACUCCCAAACCAACGGCCCCUCAGCCCACACAGAGUCUACAGCUAACAGAGAGAGUAAGAGGAGUAACUCCCAAACCAACGGCCCCUCAGCCCACACAGAGUCUACAGCUAACAGAGUCAGUAAUCGGAGUAACUCCCAAACCAACGGCUCCUCAGCCCACACAGAGUCUACAGCUAACAGAUGUCUAGACCCCCACACAGAUGCCAGACACAACAGGUUCUUGGAGGACUACCUAGACAGUAAGAGGCCACUGUCCCCCCUGUCCCCUCUCUCUGACACCCCGGACCCCACCAAGCCUCCCAUCAAAACACAGCCCCCAGUGCAGCACUACACAAACAGUGAGGUGCCCAGGAACCAUGCUAAGAUGGAGGUGGAGUGUGUAGGUGUGUCAGGGAAGCCCCCACACAUGUGUGAAUCCUGGGGACCUCCUUUACAACGGGCAGGGAGCCAGAGAGGAACUGUACUCAACCAUGAACCCCCACACCAUGCUGAGUACUACAUGCAUGAGGCCAAGAGAAUGAAGCACCGUGCAGAUGCCAUGGUGGAUAAGCUGGGGAAGGCAGUGAACUAUGUGGAUGCUGCUCUCUCCUUCAUGGAGUGUGGCAAAGCUAUGGAGGAGGGACCACUGGAGGACAAGUCACCCUAUACCAUGUACACAGAGACGGUAGAGCUCAUCAGGUAUGCCAUGAGGCUGAAGAACCACUCUGGUCCUGGGGCCAGACAGGAAGACAAACAGCUGGCCGUACUGUGUUUCCGGUGCCUUGCUCUCCUGUACUGGCAGAUGUUUCGUCUGAAGAAGGACCUAGCCAUGAAGUACUCCAAAGCUCUACUGGAGUACUUUAAGAGUUCUCCCAAAGUGCCUACUACACCCCCCAUCUGGAGCGGCUCAGGAAAGGGCACAGGGGGGCCUCCCUCCUCUCUCUCCCCCAGCCCCUCAGCCCUCCCCCUGGGCAGCUCCCCCUCUUCCCUCAUCAACAUUCCCCUGCGUAUCCACCAGAUGGCAGCAAACCACCUGAACAUCACCAACAAUGUCCUAUACAGCUAUGAGUACUGGGAGCUAGCAGAAAGCCUAGUCAGAGACAACAAUGAGUUCUUUAACUACCUGAAUACACUUUCAGGGCCAUUGACUCUCCACAGUAGUAUUGCUCAUGCAGUCCAGUACACCAGACAGGGUCUGCAGUGGAUACGCAUCAGUGCCAGCGUGGGCUAGUGGCAGCAGGGAGAGAGGGACACAACCAGUGUGAUUAUAAGUGGAGGAUUCCCCCUGCAUUCCACGUCAUCAGUGCCAGCGUGGGCUAGUGGCAGGAGGGAGAGAGGGACACAACCAGUGUGAUUAUAAGUGGAGGAUUCCCCCUGCAUUCCACGUCGUCAGGAUUAUUAUUAUGCUUCAAUUCUCAGCAUGUACCGUAAAUGAUGGGUUGGAUUUAUACACAGUGGUGACGCUUUACCUUGUGCUUUAUCUUGAUUGGGGGCAGGUGUUGUUAUUCCUACAAUCAAGCAGAGCGAACUGUCUUGGUAUCUCUUUCCUCUUCCUGUUCGGAUUGUCAGUGCAGAUCUACAAAGUGCCACAUGGAUUUAAAGCCUUUAAACUUGCUGCUUUGCCAAAUGUGCCACAUGUGAUAAUGAAACAAACACAGAAACUGUCUAACAAGGACAUUUUAAGAGAAACAUGGCUCAGUGCACCAGCGAGGACUUUAUGAUUCUUCUACUGUACAAAACAUAGACUGUAAAAGAUCCACGGACCUGGACUACAUUUCUGAAUAUAAUGCAUUCAACCACAGUAAAACUCUAACUAGCCUCCGUUGCAAAAAAAAAUGUCAUCAUGUUAUUGGAUUUAGGUUCAAAGUCGGUUGGAAAAAAGACUAAAUUCCCUUGCGUUGAUGACUUUUUACAAAUCCAAUCAGUUUUCCAUGUUGAUUCAACGUCAUCACAUUGAUUGUUUUUGUUAAAAUGACGUGGAUACAGCAUUCAUUCAACCAGUUUGUGCCCAGUGGGAAGAGACCUGGACUGCAUUUCUGGACUACAUUUCCCAUGAGCCUUUACAGGACAAAUGGAUUCAUCAUGGGAAAGUUGAAGUUGGGAUUUUGAGUUUUCUUUUGGAUUGUCAGACCACUCAUCCCAAAGGGUAGAUCAAGUUACCGGUAGCUUUGCUUUUUUGUUUAAUGACUCCACUAUGGGAUGGCCUUUUUAAGGACAUUUUGAGAUACCUUUCACUUUUUUAUGUGCACUGUGUGUGUCAGACUAUUCAUUUUUACAAAAAUACCAAAACUAGAGCAUUUAGAUGUCGUUUUUUUGGCCAGCAUUCAUGUUCCUGUCUUUGCAAAAUUAUUAUUUAUAAUAUCGUCUAAUGUGGUUAUCAAAAGUUACAUACCAAAAUGUGUUUCAUAAAUGUCUUUUUGAUAUUG